GCGCAGCGCGAACUUGAAGAAGAGAGACGGCGACAACAGCAACAACAACAGCCCGAUGUAUCAAAUCUUAAGUUAGAGGAGAAGAGGAGUGGUCCAGACAUACGAGAAUUCGAGCAUGCAGAUGUGAUAAAAGGAGUGUACUUCACUUGCGAAUUACUCGGCGAUGAUGAAGCAAUGACCAAGCCUGAAUUAAUGCAAGCCCUUGAAGAAUUCCUCAUGUCUCAGUUACAUUGUGAGGAUGAGGACGCGGUCGUCCCCGCUGUUCUCCUUCUCUAUUCUUUGAAUAAAAAGCCAGCCAGAGAGGUCGCUGUAGAAACCAUUGGAAAGUAUCUACAAAAUAUUAUCGAAAAUCCUGGAGAAGCGAAAUACAGAAGGAUAAGAAUGUCCAAUAAAGUCUUCCAGGAACGAGUGGCUAGCGUGAAGGGUGGAGUACAGUUUCUGAAUGCUGUUGGAUUCAAAGAGUCAAUGGAACCGUUCAAAGAAGGAGACGCUCCUGAAUCAUUCCUUGUUAUUUCCGAAAACAGCGCUAGUGAUACAGGACGUCUAGUCACCGCUUUGUCAAUGCUACAGGAUGGACAGAGCGUCCCAAUUAAGGUGUCACGUGAAACAACGAUCUACCGUGUCGGUGAGAAUGAGCGCAUCCCAAUGCCGCGGUUACCUGCAGAUUUUUUCGACCUCACCGCUGAAGAAAUUCGUCGUGAGCAACAGCUAAAAGCAGAGGAAGUCGAUAGA